AGAGGGGCCCACCGGAGACGACUUGUGCUUCCGGGUCACGCCUUGACAGCUGCUCUCCCGACCGGUCUCUGGCCUGCGGUUCGGCACUUUGGAGCAUGUGAACAUACUCUGAGCCUUGAUGAGUUCCAGUAUGUGGUAUAUUAUGCAGAGCAUUCAGAGUAAAUACUCUCUCUCAGAGCGCUUAAUCAGAACAAUCGCUGCCAUUCGUUCCUUCCCACAUGACAAUGUAGAGGACCUCAUCAGAGGGGGAGCAGAUGUGAACUGUACCCAUGGCACACUGAAGCCCCUGCAUUGUGCCUGCAUGGUGUCAGAUGCUGACUGUGUAGAAUUACUCCUGGAAAAAGGAGCUGAGGUGAAUGCCCUGGAUGGUUACAACCGAACAGCCCUCCACUAUGCAGCUGAGAAAGAUGAGUCUUGUGUGGAGGUCCUAUUGGAGUAUGGUGCAAACCCCAACGCACUGGAUGGCAACCGAGAUACCCCACUUCACUGGGCAGCCUUUAAGAAUAAUGCUGAGUGUGUGCGGGCCCUUCUAGAGAGUGGGGCCUCUGUAAAUGCUCUGGAUUACAACAAUGAUACCCCACUCAGCUGGGCUGCCAUGAAGGGCAAUCUUGAGAGUGUCAGCAUCCUUCUGGAUUAUGGUGCAGAGGUGAGAGUCAUCAACCUAAAAGGCCAGACACCUAUCUCCCGCCUGGUGGCUCUACUAGUCAGGGGGCUUGGAACAGAGAAAGAGGACUCUUGUUUUGAGCUCCUCCACAGAGCGGUUGGACACUUUGAACUAAGGAAAAAUGGCACCAUGCCAAGAGAAGUGGCCAGAGACCAGCAGCUGUGUGAAAAACUGACAGUUCUGUGCUCAGCCCCAGGGACUCUAAAAACACUGUCUCGUUAUGCUGUGCGCAGGAGCCUGGGACUGCAAUAUCUGCCAGAUGCAGUGAAAGGCCUGCCACUACCAGCGUCUCUGAAAGAAUACCUGUUACUUGUAGAAUAGCCUGGAGGAGACACAGGCCAGGCAGGCCAGGCGGGCAGCUCUAGGUGAGGUUUUCCCUUGGUCUUGUCCCUUUGUCUUAGAAAACAGGAGAAGCAGUUGUUCCUGUUCUGUGGCAUGUGUUUGAGGUAACAUGUCACAACAGUAACCUUCCUUGAUACCAUCUCACCUCCCCAAACCAAGCAACCAAACAAAAAUAAUCCCUCA